AUGUCCACCCGUGCAGUUUCUGCUACUUACGACUAUCCGCGCCCCGUCGGUCACGAUCGUUUAAAACACGGCGACUUAACUCCAUUUUUGAAGCAAUUUGAUCAUCCUGAGACCAAUAGAUACAGCUCGUCUCAAAGUCAUGGAAACUACGAUACGGCGGGUAAAAGUGGAAGCCAUAGUGGAUUAUUUGCAGAGCAAAGCCAAGGCGUCUAUGGUGGGUAUCAAAAGUCAGACAACCGCGCUGGCUACAUCAAUAACUACGGCCGCUACGAGAGUGCUGGCUACAGGAAGCACCCUUCCCCCGAUGCGCAUAGCUCUGGAACCUACCAAAACAAAAGCAACAGCAAAAUUCCAACGAUGAACAAUGGAAGUUAUGGUAUCUAUCGAGCGGAAGACGUGAAACCUGGAACUUCUAAAACUCGACCUUCGAGCUAUUACAAGAGCACCUCUGCUUCGCGUUAG